UGUGAAGCAUUAACAUGGGCUAUUUCUGUCUCGCAUAUCGAUGCAGGCAUGUGGGAAAUGCUAUUACUAGUAUGUGUAUCAGUCUAGAAACACUGGGCAUGUUGCUUCGUGUUAGGACAUAUAGAUCAUGGCGUCUUCUCUAACUUUACCUAUAUUCUGGUGUUACAACCUCCAACUCGUGUUCACUAUCGCCCUCGCGAUAUCGUGCGAAUACAGGUCAUCCUGUCCUUGCAAACUGACUCACUGUGGCCACAAAGAAAACACUCGAUAAAACUGGCCUGAUAACACCGGCGUAGGCUAUGGGCUAGGUUGUGAUAUCCUGCGAAGUAAGUCCAUGUCUGUAUGUCAUUAGGUGACACUACUGACGGAAAAUGUUGCCACGAAUAUGUUUUCGCUACAGCACGUGGAGGUCAUUCUUCAAUGGGACCAUCGCGCUGACCUGCUUCUUUAUCACGGUCAUGGCCGUCGUCUACAGUUGGCGGAGAGUCCGGAUUGACAGACCACGACUCACCAGCAAGGAGGCCAGAAGACUCCGCCUGGAAUACCUCAACAACACCAGCGGUAACGAGAAAGUCGUUUUUCUACACCAGUUCCCUUCAUAUUACGAACUCAAGAUGGGAGCUACACACUUCGAGCAUUGCAAGAUCAAAACAUGCUCGUUCACGGACAAUCCCGAUCACCUUCCCACCAGUGAUGCUGUCAUGUUCUACACCCCUGUCAUCCCCUUCCCACCUCCGCCGAAGACCCCUGGUCAGAUAUGGGUAUAUUUUGUAGAAGAAAGUCCACUGUAUUCUAACCCAGCGUUAUUCGGUGGUCCAGAAUGGGAAAAUCUAAUUAACUGGACUAUGACGUAUCGCAAGGACUCCGAUAUCGUGUUUGGUUAUGGUGUGGUGCAUAACAAGACAGAACGGGGACCACAGAAAGACUACUACGCAAUUGCCAAAGCCAAAACCAAACUGAUAGCUUGGUUUGUUAGUAACUGCAAUACAAAGAGCCAAAGAUUGAAGUAUGUUAAACUUCUUCAGAAGUUUGUACCAGUCGAUAUUUAUGGUGAGUGUGGGUCGUUGAAAUGUCCUAGGUACAAAGAAAUGGAGUGUAUUGAAAUGUUAAACACAGACUAUAAGUUUUAUCUUUCCUUUGAAAAUUCACUCUGCCUUGAUUAUGUAACUGAGAAGUUGUAUCGCAUGCUUAAAUAUGACGUCAUUCCCAUCGCCAGAGGAGGCUGGGCGGGCUAUAACAAAUACUUACCAAACAAAUCUGUGAUCAGUACGUCCGAUUUCGCUACAGUGAAAGAUCUUGCCGAGUUUAUUAAAUAUCUCGAUUCCAAUAUGGACGAAUAUUUGAAAUAUUUCUCCUGGAAGUCGUCCUACUCAAUAGAGGAACCUCAGGUGUUUCCGUUUUGUGAAAUAUGUGAAAAGGUGCAGAACCCUGAGAAGUGGCAUAACGUUUAUAAGAACAUCACUGAUUGGUAUCUAUCAGGCACGUGUCUCGACCCGACAGAUCUCGUGUGACAGUCGUAGAGAGGUUAUAAGAACAUCACUGAUUGGUAUCUAUCAGGCACGUGUCUCGACCCGACAGAUCUCGUGUGACAGAUGUAGAGAGAUUAUAAGAACAUCACUGAUUGGUAUCUAUCAGGCACGUGUCACGAGCCGACAGAUCUCGUGUGACAGAUGUAGAGAGGUUAUUUGUUAACGGGUCUUCUGACAUAAUUUCGUUUGAAAAACGAAAAAAACAAACAAGAAAAGAUUUCUCCAUCUCUAGACCUCAUUCGUGAACCAAGAUUACCAAGCUUAUGUAUUGUAUUGUGUCUUAUGACAUUAAAGUAAAUUGUCGUAUUAUG